CUUUAUUUCAGGUUAGAAAAAGUGUAUGGUCUGUAAUAAGGGCGGUUAGGCUUUGUGGGGGGCUUUCUGGUAAUAUGUUAUUUUGCCGAAAUUUAUUUACUUGAAGUUUUAAAUUUAUAGCGUCUCUUGCAUCACACUUUAUCUACAUUUUAGAGGCCGAGAACAUCAUGAAAUAAUGUCUUCUAUUUGAUCACUUGUUGUAUCAAUCAUAAGUUUGACAGAAAUGAGUGGUUUUCAUUUAUUUUGUCAUUUCUUCAACUAGACUAAGUAUGAAAUUGUAGGAUUUGCAUAUUCAUUCUUAAAAAUGGUUCGAAUAACGACAAGGAAAAAUGUAAGGAUCCUAUUAUUGGGUGAUAGAGGAGUAGGAAAAACUUCAUUGAUAUUAUCAUUAGUUAGUGAAGAAUUUCCUGAUGAUGUACCUGCUAAAGCAGAAGAAAUUACAAUUCCUGCUGAUGUCACUCCAGAAAUGGUGCCAACAUUUAUUGUGGAUUAUUCAGCUGCGGAACAGACUGACGAUCAGCUUCUCGAAGAAAUCAGGAAAGCACAUGUUAUCUGCUUAGUAUAUUCCGUCGACGAUGAACGGACAUUAAUGAGGAUAACUACCCAUUGGCUACCAUUACUGAGAGAUGCUAUACCCCAUUCUCGUUGCCCGAUCAUACUUGUCGGAAACAAAGAAGACCUUAUUGAAGAUACAACUGUUGAUGCUGCCCAAGAAAUCAUGGAAGAAUAUCCGGAAAUUGAGAGUUUUGUUGAAUGUUCAGCAAAAUCAUUGAAGAACAUCAGCGAAAUGUUCUACUAUGCACAAAAAGCUGUUUUACAUCCCAUCGCCCCUAUUUAUAUUGCUGAUAAACAAGAUCUAACAGAAGGGUGCAAGAUAGCAUUGACUCGUAUAUUCAGGGUUUGUGAUUUAGAUAAUGAUGGUUUUCUGAACGAUGAAGAACUAAAUGAAUUUCAGAAGAGAUGUUUCGAUCUGCCUUUGAGAAAGAAAGCUAUGGAAGAAGUAAAAGAAAUUAUUAGAAGGCAUAUCACCGGUGGUGUUUCUCAUAAUAAUUGUAUAACAUUGAAAGGUUUCCUCUAUCUUCAUUGCCUGUUUGUCCAAAGAGGAAGAAGCCACACUACUUGGACUGUUCUGAGAAAAUUUGGAUAUAAUGAUCAUUUAGAUUUAUCCAAAGAUUAUCGUUUUCCUCAGGUAAAGGUUCCUAGAGGGAGUUCAACAGAACUUAGCCAUCGUGGGGCGGAGUUUUUCAAAAGAUUAUUCAAUAAAUAUGACAAAGAUAAAGAUGGCGCAUUAAGUGAAGUAGAACUCGCUGAAAUGUUCAAAAUUUGUCCUCGCGUCUGGGGCACAAAUAUACAAAAUAUAGUGCCGACAAAUGCCAAAGAAUGGAUUACCCAACAAGGAUUUUUAUGCUUUUGGACCCUGACAACUGUAAGUGAUUUGCAAAAAACCUUUGAAUACCUUGCUUAUUUUGGAUAUCCAAUCAAUGAAUGUGAAAAUCAACUCUCUGCUAUACAAGUUACAAGAGAAAAGAAAUUGGAUUUACUAAAAAAGCAAUCUACUAGAAAUGUUUAUCAAUGCCAUGUUAUCGGGACCAAAGGAGUUGGAAAAUCGACAGUUUGCAGGAGAUUGAUCGAUCAUACAUUUGAGAGGAUAAAAAAAGACACCAGUGGCAUACCUCAGAAGACCAUCAAUAUGGUAACUGUGUAUGGUCAAGAAAAAUAUCUUAUAAUGAAAGAUAUUGAAGUUGGGAACGUAAUGGAUCCUCUAGAACCAUCUGAUCUAAAAUGUGAUGUCGUUUGUCUUGUAUAUGAUACCGUUAAUCCUAAAUCAUUUGAAUAUGUGGCACGAAUAUACCUAAAAUACUUCGAUGAUGGCAAAAUUCCAGUCCUUUUCGUUUGCAACAAAAGCGAUUUAAUUCCUGAAAUAAGACAAGACUACCUUGUUACUCCGUCUGCGUUUUGUGAUGCUCAUAAUCUCGCCCCUCCGCAUCGACACACGUGCACAGAUGUUGGAACCAAAGAAAUCUACCACAAGCUUGCUACAAUGGCUGCAUUUCCUCACUUAACAGAGCUGAGCCUUCUUAGCAGCGAUUCUAUAUUAUGGAAAGCUGGCCUUGGUAUCGCCUUUGUCGCAGCAAUCGGUCUUGUCGUUUCUAAACUUAUGAAACAUGAGAGCAUCUUGAACACAAUAUUUUAUUCUUUCUCAUUUGAAGAUCUAGACACCGCUGAUUUUAGUUUUAUAAAUACGUAACCCUUAUGUGAAGAUAUUGUUUUAAAAGGUUUAAAUGGAAAAGUAAUACUUACAAUUAAGACCAAUUGUAUUGUUUCUGUUUUAAUUAGGUCUUGGGUUAAAAAAUGGUAGGUUUUGUUUGUUUAUGUUUUAUUUUUCAUAGUGUUU